GCGCUGCCUGCGCACUGCGCCCUGCGCUGGAGUCGGGCUGAAGGGGCUGCUCGAGACUGUGUCGCCGUCGCCCUGUCCGCGCCGUGCAACACUGUACUGCAAGUCAAUCAAUACAGUAACUUAAGUCACUUCGACUCAAAUGGAAAAGUAUGAAAAAUCAGCUAAGAUUGGAGAGGGGUCUUAUGGGGUUGUAUUCAAAUGCAGAAACAAAACCUCUGGACAAGUGGUAGCUAUUAAAAAAUUUGUGGAAUCCGAAGAUGAUCCUGUGGUUAAGAAAAUAGCUCUAAGAGAAAUACGCAUGUUGAAGCAAUUAAAACACCCAAAUCUUGUGAACCUCAUUGAGGUGUUCAGGAGAAAAAGGAAAAUGCAUUUAGUUUUUGAAUACUGUGAUCAUACACUUUUAAAUGAGCUGGAAAGAAACCCAAACGGACCUCACAUGUCUUGUCACUGGUGCCACACCUGCGUCACACACGGGCCAGCCCGCUGUUCUACAAGACCAGCUCCAUCUGCACGACUUGCUGAUGGAGUGAUCAAAAGUGUGUUAUGGCAAACACUUCAAGCUCUUAACUUCUGUCAUAGACAUAACUGUAUUCACAGAGGUGUAAAACCUGAAAAUAUUCUAAUAACUAAGCAAGGAAUAAUCAAGAUCUGUGACUUUGGGUUUGCACGAAUUCUGAUUCCAGGAGAUGCCUACACUGAUUAUAUCACUACAAGAUGGUACCGAGCUCCUGAACUUCUUGUGGGAGAUACCCACUAUGGUUCUUCAGUCGACGUAUGGGCUACCGGUUGCGUUUUUGCAGAGCUCCUGACAGGCCAGCCACUCUGGCCUGGAAAAUCAGAUGUGGACCAACUGUAUCUGAUAAUCAGAACACUGGGAAAACUAAUCCCAAGACAUCAAUCUAUCUUUAAAAGUAACCAAUUUUUCCAUGGCAUCAGUAUUCCUGAACCAGAAGAUAUGGAAACUCUUGAAGAAAAGUUCUCAGAUGUUCAUCCUGUGGCUUUGAAUUUCAUGAAGGAGUGUCUGAGGAUGAAUCCAGAUGACAGGUUAACCUGUGCCCAACUCCUGGAGAGCCCCUACUUUGAUCCUUUUCAAGAGGACCAAAUUAAAAGAAAAGCAUGUAAUGAAGGAAGAAACAGAAGAUGUCAGCAGAAUCAACUGUUGCCUCUCAUACCAGGAAGCCACAUCUCCCCCACACCUGAUGGAAGAAAACAAGUUCUCCAGUUAAAAUUCGAUCAUCUUCCAAACAUUUAGUUCUUUCAAGUGGAAAGUAAUUUAAUAGGUACACGUUGUUGUACCAGAGGAAUAGGGAUCCUCAGUGUUUCAAAUGCAAAUGAGCCGUAUGAAAAUUAAGAUGCUUUCUAGGAUUGUUUUGCUCGGAUCAUUACUGAUUCCUCUGCCCAUGCUUUUUACAUGCCAACUUUAUCUUUUAGAGCAUUUUCUUUAAAUGUUACAAAGUCUGAACCUGCACAUAUGGAGGAGACAUUUUCAAUUUCAUCAGAGCAGCCCCUCUUGAAGCAAUGUGUAUCGAGAAUUUGUGAGCUUAUACUUUGAUUUAUGAAAACGAUUUACAUUUAUCAUCUUGCUUCAGCUGACCACAUACUGUCUUAGAGAAGUAUCAAAUAGCUUGCCUAGCUGUUGUUUGUGUAAGGAAUGGCAUUAUGUUUCUGCAUUUUAAUUCACUCUCAUUGUAACCAGGUCUGUUGAGUAAUGCUGGUGUUUUAUUUUGUGUUUUUUUAUUGGUGUAGGAAGGGAACCUUGAAAUGUCAUCUAGGUUUAUCCCUUAAUUCCAGGGCAGACUCUACUUUCUCUGUCUCAUAAGACAUUGACAAUUCUAUUUUUAAAGCUAGCUAGAGAACAUGCCAUACAUUUACAUAGAAAAUAGUGGAUGAACUGCAAGGAAUUACCAUCCUCGUGACAUCAUGCCCUAGGAUAAUUGACUGCUGACUCUAUUGCUCUCCUUUGGUACAUCACGGUUCCUUAUCCUUUUCUCCUCCUGUCUAGAUCAUCUCAGUACCUAAAACUGUCCUCCUGGGUGUAUUUUCUACGUUGUCAACACUCUCUUCCAAACAUUUGCAUCCAUAGCCUCUAUAAACUUGUGCAGCCCUACACUCAGGCAUCAUGGUCAGGUCAAGUUUGUAAACACUUUUGAGAGCAGGAAGAUUAUCAUUCAGUUAACUUCAUUUUGUGUCUCUUAUCCAAAAAAGACACAGACAAACAGAACACCUCAAUAAGUGAGCUGAAUUUAUGUUGGGAUAUUUUCCCAAGUAAACUUGACACACACACACACAUACAUGCAUACAUAUAUGUAAAUAUAUGUUUAUAAUUAUAAAUUUUGAAGCAUCAUAGUAGAUGCCUUUUAUCCUGGACAUCUAAAAAUGAUACAGACUGUUUGAAAGUACUUUUAGUUUGCUAGCAAGGAGCUCAUGUAAAAUAAUAGCAUGAGGCUGUCUAUCAUCACUGUCUGGCAUAAAGGCACAAAAUAGUGAUGUCUCUAUCAAUAAAUAUUAAGAUUAUUUCAUUAAAUUUUUUCUGCUCUUGGGUCUAGCAUGCUUACCUGAACAUUGUCAGAUUUUGCAAAUACACAUAAUUCCAGAAAUUCCUUGUAUUUGGCACCAAGGCACCAAGCAUAAAUUGUUAGUAAGAAAACACAGUUCCACCUUACGUUCAUCUCUAAAAGUCUGUUGCACAUAUAAAUAUGGCUCUGUAAACUUCCAGAGAAUCUCAUUCAGUUACUUGGGUGCAUCUCUUUAUUAAGGAAUUAUGGCCUCUAAACAGUAGUUCCUUGCUCACUGGAAGGAUAUUUUAAGUGGGCUUAUUUAGCCAUUUAACGUACUCAGUGUGAAUGUAAGCUGCUAGGAUCUUCUUUAUUUUCAUCUUUUUAUCAGAAUGUGCCUCUUCAGAUUUUUAUGUUUCUUGCAUUUUUAAUAAGAUGAUACCAAAGGUGCAAGGACAAUAAGAAAUAAAAAAUAAAAGGCAACAUUGAUUAGAGAUUUCUUUUUAGCAUUCAUAGUGCUUUUAUCAUUGAAGCCUUCUUAUUGGCAAACCACGCAUUCUGCUCCAGCUCUCCUAAAUGUAUAUACACAUAGACACUAUAUAUAUAGGGUUGGCCAAAAGUCUGUUCGGGUUUUUCCGUAACAUCUUACGAAAAAACCAGAAGGAACUUUUUGGCCAACCCAGUAAAAAAAAAUAUAUAUAUAUAUACACACACGUACACAAACAUAUAUGCAGAAAUUAAGAAGACAGCACAAGACUCCAUUAUCCAUUUUAUAACUGUGCUUCAAACAACAGUGGAGUUUUGGGCAGGGGUUGGUAGGGUGACUGUCUUCCCUUCAUUUUUGCUUACAUUUAAGAAUCAAUUCAAACUAGCAUUUCUCUCUCAAUUUUUUUCCUUAGACAAAUCCAUCGUUUAGGUAUCACUGAGGAGUGGAGAGGGGAAAGCAUCUAAUGCUUAGAAAAAUGUUCGGAUGCAGUCAUAUUAGCUUGAAGAAAAGGAAUCUUCUGAUGACAUUUGCAUACUUAUCUCUCCCUGAGUGGCCCAGGCCCGGGAGCACUACAGCUGCCUGCAUCACUCAGGGGCACAUGUCUCAAAGUGAGACUCUUUUCGAAGUGCGUAUUUCUCACCUCCGUACUUCACAAAUUCCCUCGCAUUUCUCAGCCACAUGGAAGACAGUUGCACUUGUGCCCAAAUUAAGUAAUGACUUUUGUAAAAGUUAUCCUCAGCAAAUAGGCUUGCCCCAGGCUCUGCGCAGAGGCUCACGCGAUUCUAUAACCAUGCAUUUCCUUUUACAGUCUUGCACAGUUUCUGGCUUACCUGGGACUUGUCUCACCCGUGCCAGCUUCCAGGCUCUUUAAUUUAUUUAUAGAGCUCUUUCCCGGUGCUGUCCAAAUACUACACUGUCAUGGUGAGUGACGCCACCUAAAUACUCCUUUUCUCCACCUCAGUGUGACCUCUUGGCUCCCUGGUUUCCUCAGACUUUCCACACACGUGUACGUGGGAAUCUCUAAGCUGCUGGCUGGCUUGCUUUCUUUUCUUUUCUUUCUUUCUUUCUUUCUUUCUUUCUUUCUUUCUUUCUUUCUUCCUUCCUUCCUUCCUUCCUUCCUUCCUUCCUUCCCUCCCUCCCUUCUUUCUUUCUUCUUUCCUUUCUUUCUUUCACAGAGCACUUUACAGAGAAUUAAAACUGCAGACCUUACUUACUCUUAGUGCUCCUGCUUCUUCGGGGGAGAAGGAAGUGCGCCGUAGAAAGGACAUUUGAUUCAGCUUGUGUCAGCCCCGUAGGCCUAUUUGCUCGGACUCUGUCUUUGGUCUCCGUUUCAGUCCUGGUGAUAUCUGAAUGUGAUUGUUCUGACUUGCUGCAAUCACGAAGCCCUUGAGGGGUCACUUUCUGAAGAUUAUUUUAACUAGACUGAAUCAUUAAAAAGUGGUGUUCAAGAGGCAACUGUUGAAUGCUUUGGAUUAGGGAGAUGAUUGAGUAAAGGGUAACAACAAAGCUCCCAAGCAGGGAAUGAAGAGGUGAUCAGGGAGAUUGUCCCUCUUCUCAGGUAGCUCUCUCACUGUUCUUUAGUGCUCUUGCAGGUUCCCCAAAAUACAAGACGUAAGAAAAUUAAUAUGUUAUUUUUAAUAAGAUGAAAACAUUUUCAAUUCUGAAGAUGUUGUAUGGUCCUUUAGCAUCCUUGCCACAGAAUUGCAAUUUUUCAAAAAGAUACUUUCUUAGUCAUUUGUCACCACCAGGGUUUCCAAUCCUGGUCUUGGAACAACCUGAACAGCACAGAGUUCUCCGAAAGAAAAAAAAUAUUUUUUUUAAUUGAAACAUACUACCAGAAGAGGAAUGAUCCUAAAAUUCUACAAACAGUAAAAUCUUGAAAAAAUUGAGGUGUCAGUAUCAGGUAUUAGCUAAAUCACAAAUAUGCCAAUUUCUAAUGCACAUAGUUAAGACAAAGAUAAAAUGCCACUCACAAGUUAAAGUAAUAUUCUGGGUUUGUGUGUGUAUUUGUUUUCUACUGGAAUCGUUAACAACUUCAUUCUUGUUUUAACAGAAGACUGAAAGUCUUUAAGAGUGAUAGUUUAGAGAAUAAUAGAAAUAUCAUUUGGUCUGCGAGUUAGGCCACUGGGUUCUAGACCUGGCUUGCAGCUCUCUGUGUAGCCUUGUCACAACAUGUAACUUUAUUUUGCCUUCAUUUUCUCAUUUGUAAAAUAAGAGAGUGGAUAAACGAGGUGAUUUUUUAGGCUCCCCUUCAGCUCUAAACUUCUAUGAUUCUCUGUAGCACAUGGUGUUUGCGUCCUGGAUAUAUCUCCCACUAGAAGAGGCUUUCUAGAGAUUGUUUAACAAUAUCAAGAUAAAUUUUGCUGUUUAUGAUCUAGCCAGGAGCAAGGAGAUUCUCUCCCUGUCUCUCUCUCUCUUGCCUGCUUUCUUUCAUAUUCACACAAACACACACACAACACCCCCUGCUAGUUCUAUCAAGUCAAUAGCAGUUUACAGACAACCACCUAACAGAGGUUAAAUUUUAUAAACGAAAGUGGAUUUUAAAGCUAAUUAUCACUGGAUUUUAAUUAAUGUAAAUCAAACAGGUAUGCUUUCAAAAUGCAGACUAAUAUGUAAUCACUCUUUGCUGUUUUAAUCUAACUCUAAUUAGCUUGGAAAUGACAUAUGCUGUGAAAUACUAAUUUAAGAUAACCAUUAAGGCAAAGAACAUUCUGUACAUUUCUAACUUCAGUAAAACUUUUAGUAGUUUCAGUAAAUGAUAACUUAAUGGAAUUCUACAAAUAGAUCUGAAUUAUAUCUUUUUUAUAUUUCAGCAACAGGGACACAGGCUCAGUCAACCUUAUACUUAACUUAUUGUUUAAAGCUUAUAAUCAAGCCAAGAAUUGGUUAUCCUAUUUAACAGGAAUAUAAAUGACUUCUAUUUAUAAAGUUAAAAUUCUUCUUUUCUGUUGUGAACACUAGUCACUGACUGUAUCUCUAAGUAUUGUUAUAUUGAAGAUGUUGUAUGUCUACUUAAGAUUUUAGAGCAUAUUUGUAUAAAAACAUGUCCAUUUCAAAUCACAUGAAAUUAUAACUAUAUUUCAAUUAGCACUGAUAAUUAGCAUAAUGGCAAUUUAUACUCCUAGAAACAAUUCACUACAAAGCAGUUUUAGCUAUAUUAUGUUACAUAUACAUAAUAUUUUAAAAAUUUUUCUUAAGAUACUUGGAAAACCUAAGGAUGGGAUUAAAUACUUAGGUGACUUUAUG